ACAGACAGUAAUAGUGGGACAGUUUGUCCUGAAUGGUGGCAGCUUCACAAUGAGGAAACCUAAGUGUUGACACGCGCUGGUGGGAAUGUUAUGAGCUCCUACCUCAGGUUUCUAUACAAGUAUCCAGAUCGCUGGUUGUUUCUCCCCUCCGGAGCUUUGCCCGUUAGGUGCCUGCAGCCAUGCAGAGACUGAGGUGUCUUAAAAGUUGUUGGCAGUCGCUCAGAUCAAGCUGCGAGGGAGCAGCUAAACCAGCAAGAUAUUACAGCAAUAACCCCAGCUCCUUUGGACUCCUCUUUGACAUAGAUGGGGUCCUAGUCCGAGGUAGGACCCCGAUCCCUGCCGCUAAGCAGUGCUUCAGGAACCUGGUGGACCGCAAUGGAAAGUACAAAGUUCCUGUGGUGUUUGUCACAAACGCAGGGAACUGCAUGAGGCAGACCAAAGCUGAGCAUCUGUCCCAUCUGUUGGAGGUGGAGGUGUCUCCAGACCAGGUGAUGCUGUCCCACAGCCCUCUGCGAAUGUUUACACAGUUUCACAAAAUGUGCGUACUGGUCUCAGGCCAGGGUCCUGUUGAGGAGGUGGCUCACAACCUGGGCUUUGAGGAUGUUGUAACCAUAGAUAUGCUCAGAGAGGCGUACCCUGUCCUGGAUGUUGUGGACCACAGCAGGAGACCCAAAGAUUCUAUUCCUCCCACUAAAGGCUUACAGCCAAUAGAUGCUGUGAUUUUAUUUGGUGAGCCAAUCAGAUGGGAGACCAAUCUUCAGCUCAUCAUAGACGUUCUUCUAACCAACGGAGAUCCAGGCAAAUCAUGGACCUCAACCCAGUUUCCUCACAUCCCCGUCCUGGCCUGCAAUAUGGACCUGCUGUGGAUGGCAGAGGCAAAAAAUCCAAGGUUUGGACAUGGUAUGUUCCUGGUUUGCUUAGAGAGUCUGUACAAAAAGGUCACAGGUUACGAUCUGAAGUAUGAGGCUCUGAUUGGUAAACCAAGUGUGGUAACUUAUAACUACGCUGAGCUGUUAAUAAGGCAACAGGCGGAGAAACUUGGCUGGAGCACACCUGUGAAGACGCUCUACGCUAUAGGAGACAACCCCAUGGCAGACAUAUAUGGAGCAAACCUCUACAAUCGCUACCUUCAGGCCUCCCAGCGCACCAAAGCCAAAGUGAAGGCCAAGAGUGGAGGAGGAGCAGAUCCAGCGAAUGAAGCUGUCGAGAGCCAACAUAAAAUGACAGCGGCAGAAAUGGGCGGUGCAGCUUACGGGUCAGAGGAAGACCUUCCUGAAGGUUGCAGGUCUAUCCUGGUUUGUACAGGCGUGUACAGCAGAGAUCAACAGGAGCUGCCUUCAGAUCCAGCGCAGACGGUUACCGAGCAACGCAUCUUCCACGGCCACAGGGACUUCCGCUUCGACCCCACCCUCACACAGCCCUCGUUCGUGGUGCAGGACGUGAAAGAGGCUGUGGAGCUGGUUUUCCAGGAGGAAGGCUGGCCUCUAGAGUAGUGCAGAAAUAUUCAGAUUGGUUCUCUUUUUUAAAAAACUAUUAUACAUAUCCUGGCUGUUACUGAUUAAUUUUUCUGAUUGGCUGAAAAAGCUAUGUUUUCCCAAGUCUUCACACCCUCUUAAAAUGGCUUAUUUUUUCAUUUUUAUAAAAAAAAAAAAAAAAAAUUUAUAAUGAAUAAUAUCUUAACAUUUUCCACCAUUAAUGCAACACACAUCACGUAUGAAUUGAUUAUAUCCAAAAGAAAUAAAACAUCCGUCACAAGAAAAACAAAAAAACACAAUAAUGUUGCAUAAAUAUGCAUAACCUUAAUCUGAUCCUUUAGUUAUCAUUCAGCCUUUUUGAUAAAAAAUCAGCAGCAUUCGCUUUCUUUGCCCUGCAAAUGUUAGGUUCUGGAAUAGGGAUUUACAAAACCUUAUUUUUCCUCUCCUUGGAUCAUUAAAACUUUCCGAUUAAUAAUUAAGAUGCAUGUUUGAAUAAGGGAUAUUUUCCAACACAGUCCUGAGCAGCCAUCAUCCUGAUCUCCUGCAUCAAUGAAUGCCUCAUUAACACAUUACUGCAGAACUUCCUGAGGAGGUUAUUGGCAGUUAAAAGAUACAGGACAGUAUUUUUUUCUGUUCUCGGACCAUUGAUGGCUAUUUUUACUGUCAGUGUCCGAUGCUGUGAAUACUUUUUUCUUACCAGUCUGACUGAUGCCUUUAUAUUAUAGGAACCUGCAUUUUAACUGUUUCUAACUAAAGGAUAAAAAUGUAGAUGUCAGAAGAAUCCAAGAAGGAAACAUUUCAAGUUCAUCAGAUUUCCUAUAAUUCAUGGUGUGUGUAAAAGUUAAAAAAAACCCAGAAAAGUUAAAUUGAGAUUUAACAAAGGUGAUAAGGUCAAGGAUGCGAAUACCUGUGCUGCACGUUUAUUUCAGCUUUUUGUUUUUUUAGAUUUUAGUUUGUUUUGUUUUUGAAAUGUGGAGAACACACACAUAUCCACAAUAGGAUCAGAAUUUAUAGAUCAGUCAGAUUUCACAUAAAUAACAUAGUUUUAAUCAGCUAACACAACCUCACCUUUAAUAUUGUAUGCCCACUUUAUUUUCAUAUCGUCUUUAUUUAUAGAAUUCUGUAACCAUGACCUUUGACCUGCUUUUAAACUAAUUACAUCAGCUCUUUAAAUCUUUAAAAGAUAACUUAGAGACUAUAGUUGUCUGGCUGCUUAAAUAAAGCACAGCUUAAGGAUAUUUAAAUCAAUACAGAGCAAAGGCUAAAUAGCCACAAAUGUUGCUUAAUGGGAAAAAAGCACUUAUUGACAUGAAGAGGAAUUUUAUUUGAAAAAUAAAUCUUUUCCUCUUAUUUUUUAUGGUGUGCCAGCUGGUAUUUUCCAGCCUGAUUUGUUUUGAAUUCAGGGUUAAUGUAUAACCAGUAAUGCUCAGGAGAUUAAAUUGCCAUUGUUUAAUUUAGCUUAAAAAAAAAAGUUGUUUUUUUUACUUGAUAUUUUUGAAUGUUUCUGUGAAGUUGACAGGAUUGCACUGCAGGAGUUUGUACAGAAAACGAGGAGUGGUUUACUACAUUUAUUGAACUGCAGUAUUUGUUCCAUCUUUAAUGAAGAUUUGAAUGUGAAGGAAACUUCAGGUCAAUACUUCGGAACUCUGGUAAUGUACUGUAAAAGCAAUACUUUGUAACAACAAUUAAAAACAUGAAACAAGCUGAAAGUAGGCUGAAAAUGGUGUUUACUGUUGAAAAACGUUUGUAUAGAUUCCUGCAGCAAAGGCACGACUCAUUACAUUUUGCAGCAGUUUAUCCCCAAGAGGAAUAUUUCAAACCUUAGUUACAGAUUCCAUUAAGAUUUAUAAAUACUAUAACAAGAAUAUGUACA